CGAACUUAUCAGUGUAAAAAUGAAAUCGUUAACAGUUGUUUCGAUUUGCUUACUGUACAUUGGAUUAGUUAAUUCCGGUACGAUACAAAGUCAUCCGCGAUUAAAUAAUUUUCCUUUUAAAUCUACGAAAUCCCCAUCAUCAGAGGAAUCACCUGGCGUAGUAGUUAGAGGAGAUUGCUCCUUUCGUGUUAAUGGCGAUCUAAAUGAUCCCUCACCGAUUUUCACAACACAUAGAGCUCUAGAAUGGAUUCUGCCUGACUCUGAUGGUGUAGUCAACAUAAAAAAUGGAGAGAAAAUUGAUAUGCAUUGCAGUGAAUCAUUUUUGUCACCUUUCAGUAACGUCACGACUAUAGAAGCACAGUGUUUACAAAAUAUGUAUUUUCUAGUAAAUGAUACAAUUUAUCCAUUUUCCAACUUUAGUUGCACCGAUUGGCCUAUCUAUACAGCCAGACUCACUGGACGUGAUUGUAAUGGUGGUACUGAUUUGUUAGAAGUUGGUUUCCAAAUAAAUAAUGGGUUCUUACAAACAAUGGAUAUAUGCCACGAUGAAAAUAAUGAAGUAACGCGAUAUGUACAUCAUGUAUUAUAUCCAUCCAGCGCAGCUUAUCAACGUUCCGUUACGCGACCACGUUUCACUGAAGGAACUUUCUAUGGUGGAAAAAAUGUUGAUCAACUUUACACUCAAGUUCAACAAAACAUAACAGUCAGUAACAUUUUAGGCAUGGACGCUUCACCUUAUUUUAACAUUAGCAAUAAUAUAUACAUGGCACGUGGACAUAUGGCAGCAAAGGUGGACUUUAUCUUUGGUGCACCCCAAAAGGCAACAUUCUUCUUUGUCAAUGCAGCACCACAGUGGCAGUCAUUUAACGGUGGAAAUUGGGAACGUGUAGAGGAUGGUGUACGAAAAUUCAUAAGCAAUAAUAAUAUGACUGCAGAUUGCUACACGGGCACAUGGGGCGUAACAACGUUGCCAGAUUAUCAAAAUGUUCCUCAGAAGCUGUAUUUGGAUUUUGAUGAAAACAAUAACGGUUUAAUACCAGUACCUAUGAUAUACUUCCGCGUUGUUAUUGAGCGGGAAACACGAAAAGGUAUUGUUUUAAUCGGUGUAAAUAAUCCCCAUCUUUCAUUGGAAGAAAUACAACGUGACUACAUAUUAUGUGAAGAUAUUGGACACAAUAUUGAUUGGAUCAGUUGGGCCAAAGAAGAUCUCUACAAAGGAUAUUCUUACGCCUGCUCAGUGCCAGAUUUUGCAGUUGUUGUAAAGGAUUUGCCAGAAGAUGUUCACAAUGUCAGCGGUAUUCUAGGUAUCGAAGAAGAGAAAUGGGAAAUAUCAUUUUUAUAACUUAGUAAUACGUUGCGUGUGUAGAAUUAUCGUCAAUAAAUAAAAGUAAAAUUUA